CCCUAAGUUGUGUACUCCACGCAGUUCUAAUUCCAGAGGAUAUGGCACUGAUUGGUCCUGAGCUGUGAGCAGAUAUGGUAUGGAAUUACUACUCCAGCGUCUGCCUGAGACUUAAGCAAAGCAAGAACUCAGUCAGGAUCGCAGAUGCGGAAGUUGACAGCGAUUUGCGUCGUAAUGUUGACUCUAUCUACCACGAGAACCACUCACGCCAUGUGCCACGACAGCGCAGAAUGUGCCCCUUCCGGAUGCUGUACUGUAGCGCGCAUGCGUUACCCCGUCCCGACGUGCAACGAACUGCGCAAAGAGGGAGAUUUCUGUCGGCCGGGUCAGAAACCUUUCAGCAGCACCGGAACCAAACCCGACGGCUCGUUUUGGUACAAUGUCACCAACGCGUACGAUACCGUGUGCCCCUGCGCGCCCGGACUCGUCUGCCUGGAGGGGUUCUGCAAGAAGGGCAACUAGAAGAAACUCAAGAUCUCAAUGGGUACUGACUCAAGAGGAGAGAUGAGAGGAACUCAGACAUUUCGGAAUACCGAAAUAUGUACAUCGUACAGAAGAAUUACAUUUUAUGAUCAUUUACGUUGGUUAUAACGAUGACAUCAUACAUAUAUCCAAUACUAUAAUUUUGCCUUUAGAAUAAGACAAUCUCCUAAUUCAACCAGACAUCAAUAACAAAUACUUUAUUACAAUUUGAGAAUUAAAUAGAAAAAUUAUGGACUAAGUGGUACAUAAGCCUACACUACAGCCUUCCCCUUCAAGAAUUGCAGCCAAAUCUCUCAACGUGUUACCCUUAUAUCAGCUCCUCAUAGCGACAAAAUGGCGUUCGAGUUCCUUAUGACGAUAAGCCUGAUGAAUAUCCCUUUCAUUGGAGGCAACAAAUUUCUCCGAAAUGUCGGUUACCUUCUGUUAGACUACACGACGUCACAUCCGGGAAGACAUCAUUAUUCACCGCAGUGAAGCACGCUGGUAUACUUCAUCAGACCAUCAGAUUAUCUGUCAUUACUGAGGUUACCCAAAAACUUCAAGACCCUUCAAUUAAUUUUCACCAUCAACCUCGCGAUAGUAAGAAAAUUAUGGGCAAAGCCCAUAGAACUUAUCCCCUCUCAGACUCACGCAUUUCGAUACACGUACGAUAUACAUGAACAUUCAAUUAUUUCUAAAGAAAGUCUUCUCAGUUUUACUCAGCCAUUGCUGCGAUAGUGCCCGAAACAAACCACUUCAGUUGACUUCCAUAUUUAAACUGAGUGGGGAAUAGAAACGCUUACGGAACUGUAAACCAUUCAUUAUCUGUAUUUCGGACAGUUAAACCUAGGAGUCGAAACUGCCUGAGCACAUAGCACGCAUGGGUAGAACGCACUGCAUGACACGAGGAAACACGAGACGGCAAGAUGACAACAUGGAGCCGUAAUGACGGAUUGAUUUAUGGAAAUGGUUUGGAAGUGGCCUUGACCUAAUCGAUGUACUAUCCCAGCAUUUGCUUCCAUGACCUGGAUUGUCUAAGGCGUGACCGCUGCGCUAACCGGGUCAGUGUCAUGAUGUGAACUGGAGAUGUUACAACGGUGAGCAGUGACCAAAAUUCAGGCUUCAACUCAUAAUUCCUGGAACUGUUGUGUACCAUGGAGGUAAAGUUGCGUAUGUGUUUGUGAGUCACUCAUUGUAAUUAGUUACGAAAUGUUUACUGAUGUACUUCACGCAACGGCAAUGACAGACUGAGCGUGUCAUAUCUUGAUAAAUAUCUACAGGAAAACAUCACCUUUCAUUUACUAAGAACGGAAUAUGUCGCUUGUAUCUCAACUCGUGCAUAUGCCAUAAGAAACUGAGACAACCAGACCUAUCAAUCUAUCACAGAAGUCAUUAUAUAUCAGAACAUUAGUGUACAUAUUAAUGAAAGGUAAAGUUGUCCCUGUAAUUAAUCAGUUAAUCAAGAUUUUAAAAAUAUGCGGGGAAGUAAAGCUCCGCGGAUUCUCAACAUCUUCAUGAUAUGUAAGGUCUACAAUGAAACCAAAGUGACCAUCAGGUUGUUAUACUAAAUUGGUCUCGUAUGAAUUCUUAUAAAUGAAAGGCAAUAAAACUAAAAUAGUUAAUCAUUAUAA